UCCUUUUUAAGGUUUCAGAUUAUUUGGAGAACACUUUUCCAUAUUAUGUAAUUGAUAUUUAAGUGUUUCAUCUAUUUGUGUUUUAUGCUGAUGGAAAACAUUGUUUCCUUUUUGGCUCGGCUAGGGUAGACCUGAAAAUUUCAAAAGUUUGCUUCAGAGAGUUCAACUUACUGUUGCCCUUAAAUCAAAGAAUUUUGCAUCCGCAAAUACUCUGCUAGAUAACUUGAUGAUACAUAUACAGAAGGUUAGAAGCACAUGUUAUCAGUUAGGCAGGAGUAAGCUAUUGAGAGUUAUUGUUAGUACACGACCUUUCAGUUCAACAACAUGCAAUAUGUUUGGAGCUGGAAAGGGCUCUUGUUGGAUUCCUUUUGACUUGUUUAUGGAGAGUGCAAUGGAUGGUAGACAUCUUCGUGCCAUAUCAUCGAUCGAAGCUCUAACAGAACUCUCCAAGAUGCUCCAAGCGAUUACUCGGGCUACCUGGCAAGAGACCUUUCAAGCUUUGUGGAUUUCAGCUUUGCGGCUUAUACAUCGAGACCCAAGCACUCUGGAAGGACCGCUUCCUCAUCUUGAUUCUCGAUUAUGCAUGUUGUUAGCUAUUGUUCCUUUGGCUAUUGCUCCCAUUUUGAAGGAAUAUGCUAACAAUGUCGAGCCGGGAGUGGCCUCUAUUAGAAUAGAAGAAUUAAUGUCUUCUCUACAAGUUCUGGGGCAAUUUUUUGGACUUCUUUCACCCCCUCCAGCAACUGUACAUGCAACAAAUAUUGCAGCUACGAAAGCAGCGAUUGCUGUAUAUAGUUUGAAGGCUGGGAGUGAGAACAUUCACAAUUCUUUGAAAGAUAGUUUCUCUGUUAAAUUGGGAAUAUGUUACAUCUGUUUGUGGAAGCCUGUAUAGCAAGAAAUUUAGUCGAUACAUCCAUUUAUUUAUGUCCGGGCUAUGUUGUUCAUGUUAAAGACUUCUCUCCUGUCCAUCAGUCCCCUUGGUGAGCCUUGAUGGAAGGGUCUCCGCUGAUGGGUCUUAAGGAUGACCUUAUGGUUACACCUGCUUCAAGUGUACCAGAGUUGGAGAAAUUGCAUUUUUUCGCAGUAAAUGGAUCAGAAGUGGAAAAGUUGGCGGCUUCAAAGAUUCUAUGCGGGGCAUCCUUUCUUCGUGGGUGGAACAUUCAAGAACAUGUUGUCCAAAUUGUGCUUGAGCUGCUAUCAACAUUGCUUUCCCAAGAUUCUGGAUCAGAUGGCUAUACUACUCAUCACAUGACUAUAUUGCUUUCUCUCUUAUCUGGGAUUUCUUCCAUUGACACUGUUCAUAUUCUCUCAAUCUAUGGAUUGGUACCAGAACUAGCUGCCAUAUUGAUGCCUCUCUGUGAAAUAUUUGGAUCCUUACCUAAAUCUGACCAUCGGAGUUUCAAUUUCGAAGAUGCUUCUGCGUACUCUAUAUUUUCAAGUGCUUUCUUGCUCCUUCUUCGCUUGUGGAAAUUUCAUAGGCCACCUAUCGAGAAUGCUCUAUCAGGAAAUGGAGUCUCUUCUUGCCAGCUCAAUUUAGACCAUCUUUUGCUAUUACGCAAUAGUCGUCUUGCUUUGAAAAAUCCAUCUAAUGGUUGUACAGUGAGCACACUUCAGUUAGAUCCAUCAUUUAAAAAACCUGUCUACAUUGAUUCACUUCCUAAGCUAAGGGCAUGGUAUUUCCAGAAUCAGGCUUGCAUAUCCUCUACUAUUUCUAGUGCUUACGAGAGGAAGAGCAUCCCCCGACUUGCAAACAAGAUACUUGGAAUUGUAUGUCGGAAAAUGGCAAAAGGUUGUAACCCACUUGUCAAUCUACAAGCAACAUCAAAUUCAAGUAUGAGUGGCUCACCUUUAGGUGCACAAGAAGAUGGUUCUGAAGGGCCACCUGUUACUCCAUGGGAAGUUCUGGAAGUUGUUCCCUUUGUACUUGAGACUGUCUUAAUGGCAUGUGCACAUGAGAGGUUUUCAUCUCGUGAUUUGAUUACAGGUUAUAUUCUUUUUAGGCUUAUUUAUAAUAAUAACUUUAGUUUCCCAUUUUUUCCCUUUAAGCUAUUGUUCAAUACAACAAUAACUUCUUCUUUAUUUGGAAAAAAUAUAAAUCUCUCCAAUUUGGAUAAUUAAACCUUCUGUCCAUGCAUAAUUCAAGAUAUUUGCCAUGGUCAAUGAUUGAUUUAAUUCCUUAUGAAAAACAAAAUAGAAGCUUUUUUGUUUAAUCUCAGCAUUUCAACUUACUUACCAGCCAAGUAUUUGCAUAAGUCUCAAAUUUUAAUUUUUAAAUUGCUCAUUUUAUUCAAUACUUAUUAUAAGGGUAAAGUAAGUUUAAAAAUCCUAUUUUAUGAAUAUUCAUGCAAAAUCCUAAAUUCUAGAUUAUUAACCAAUAAACACAUAUAACUUGGCAUUAGGCUUCUCUUUGUGUGUCUCCGAAACAAACCAUAUUAGUCAAGUUAUAAUCUCCGAUGACUUUUUGACUAAUGUAUAUUCACAAUAUAGAAUAUCAAGAUAAUCUUAGAACUUUCUAGCAAUUUCCCCUUUACCCAUUGGCCACCUAAUCUUUUUGAUACGACAUAAUCUCCUAAUGGUGGUCUUGCCAUGUAGGAUGGCAUUGUAAGCUGGUUUUGUCACAUUAGAGCAACUAAAAGAUGUUGCGGAUGAUGAGUCAAAAAGAAGAAAAACUUGGUUGGGUUUGGAAAAUAGGAGAGUUUGCAAAUUGUCAUGCGAUAGAUGUUAAUUUUUUCCGUCCAACUAUAUAUGUGGAAUUGGGUGAUGUGUAUAGAAUAUUUUGCAUCAUGGCGGAAUUCGGCCAUCUGAUACAUUCUGUGGCAAAACUACCUUCCAAACCAGUACUUGUUGGCUUUUGGAAAGUUUAGGAGGUUAAGUUGACGUUUGCUCUAGUUUGGAGAGUGGAGGGGGUCAAGUAGGCUUUUUCUCACAAGGUUUAGGGGGUUAUAUGGACCUUUCAGAUUUAUAUUAUGAUCUUGUAGAAGAAUAAUUCAUUUCCCAAGCUCCAAUUAUGUGUAGUUACUUUUUUUAUGAUCAUUCGAAAAGCUGCCAAAGGUAUUUUGAAGUAUACAUUUACCCCUGCAUAUUUACUAUCACAUACCAUCAGUCUUAAUUGCAGGUCUGAGAGACCUUGUUGAUUUCCUACCUGCUUCACUUGCUGCUAUUGUAAGUUUCUUUUCAGUAGAAAUUACACGUGGCAUAUGGAAGCCAGUUAUAUUGAACGGUACUGACUGGCCCAGUCCAGCAGCAACUAUUCUAGCAGUUGAGUCUGACAUAAAAGAAGUUCUUGCAUCUGUUGGUGUUCAUAUCAACAUGUCUCCACAACCACGUAUGCCCUUUCUCCGUCUCUUUAUGCAAAUGGUUUUGUUCUAUUUCCUACGGAGAGACUACUUUCAUUUCAAAUUUUCAUGUUUGAUGUCUAUUAACUUAUUUACCCUUAAUGAUUCAUUUUUUUCUAGAUUGAUGCCUCGUUAUUUCCAUUUUUCAUGUCAAACUCAAGUUACACAUGACGUCAUGAAUGUUGCUCAAUAUUGUGGUUUUACCCACUUAUCCUUAAUGCGCAAUUUUAGGAGCCAAAUCUGAAACAUGUAUACAUUAAACGACCGCCUUAAACUAAUAUUACUUACCUACCUGAUAGUAUCUGGUCACAAAAUUGUGUACAAUGACCAAUCAUUACUCGGAACAUCAAUUUCUUAAGAUUCACAUAACAUUUUAAGAUGACAUAUCACUAGUGUUAGCAUUUAAUUGUUUUAUAGUGGAACCUUUGGAAGUCAUAAAAUAUAAGGAUUCAAAUAAAUAAAUAAAGAACUCGAUCAAUACCAUUCAGGUGUGUUGUCGAACUCGAGGAGAUAUUAUCAGACAAGGUUUGGGCACCGUUGUUGGUUAUUGAAAGCGAGAACUCUUCUUUAAUUAGAACUCCCAUUGUUAUCUCCACCUCAAUCGUUCCUUUCACGCAAUAUUUAAUCUGUUUGA